CUCCCCGCCGGAGCGGUGCUCGGGUCGGCGUAACCGUGACUCGAGGACGACAACACACGAACAUGCCGCCGAAGAAGAACGCCGGUGCCGCGAAGACCAGCAAGGGCAAGUCCUCGGAGGAGAGCGGCGGUGGGAAAACGGAGAAGAAAGGAGGGAACGCGGUGAAGGUUAGACAUAUCUUGUGCGAGAAGCAGUCUAAGGUACUGGAGGCGCUGGAGAAGUUGAAGGCUGGUCAGAAGUUCAACGAGGUCGCCGCGACGUACAGCGAGGACAAGGCCAGAUCUGGGGGUGACCUCGGUUGGAUGACGCGAGGCUCCAUGGUGGGACCCUUCCAAGACGCUGCCUUCGCGUUGCCGGUUUCCAGCCUGGCGUCUCCGGUUUAUACGGAUCCACCGGUGAAAACAAAGUUCGGGUAUCACAUCAUAAUGGUGGAAGGUAAAAAGUAGUCGAGAGCAAUCGCGCAAACUUUUCUAAGCGUUUUUGUUUUUUUGUUUGUUUGUGAAACUUGUUACACCCUCGAUUGAGCAAAUAUAUGUUGCGUCAUUUAAGUAAUGAUUUGUACAGAGCAUCUGUGAUAUUUAUUAUAGCGAUAAACGCGUUUUGUAUUAUCUUACAUUUUUGCGUCAAGAAAAUCAGGACUCGCGUAGGUGAUUUAAUGAUUCGCGUCUCGCAAAUUGACGCGUAAAAUGAUGUUUUCGAAUAAUAAACAAAAGUGUUACGUUAUUUAUCAUUCGUGAAUUUAUCGCUCUCUGAAUAUACAAUAACUAGAGUAUAAUAUUUUAUCGUAGGAAAAAAAAUAUAUAUGUAUAUAUAAAACUUUUCACAAACUAAUCUGCAAAUCCUGAUCUGCAGUCUCUAUCUAUUAAAUAUAAUUUUCGAUGUA